UGUGGCGCGACAAAGCAUUUCGCGCCCGGUGAUUCUGCAUGGCGGCCUGCAAAACGCAUGCGUCGCCGCCUGGAAAAAUGGUCUCAAGGUUGGGUCACCCCUGCCAACCGCCAGCCGCGGCAGAGGACAGGGGCGCCUAGAGAUGGUUUCAAUAGCAGCCUCUCUUCUGAGGCUGUAGGCCAUGAUGCAAGUCAGACAUCCGUUUCCAUCUCCAGCUCGAGCCAGGAUGCGGUGUUUCACUGCCACACGGAGCCAACCUUCAGGGCUGCAGAGGUCGAAGCGACGGUCCGAUUCGUUCAGGCAAUGUAUUGUUUGUACCCUGCCAAGAUGUGGGCCAAUCAGGAAGACUCGCAACAUGUGGAGCCAUCAUUCCUGCCAUGCAGCAUCCAGAUGGCCAAGGAGGCGUUGCAUCUCCAGAAUGACUUCAAGAAGGUCAUGAGCAUUCACCUGAACAAGGUGACUGAUGUGGCACUUCUCCAGGGUCAAGCUGAGGAAGCCGACUCGUCUGCGAUUCCACUCUGGCUUUCAGCUCCAUCCCCUGUCAACCGUCGAACGCCGGAGCUGGCAUCUGAAGAUACCGAUCUUUCUGAGCUCUUCUUGUGGGAUCUGCCGCCCAUACCUUUUGGUCAGCUGCCAACCUGUGAGCCCAGCUUGCCAAGUCGCUGGCAAGUCCCCCAGAAGGUUCCGGCCGGACGCUGGGUACAGGGGCGGCCUUUGGGUGACUUUGACCGCUCCAACGUCCAGCUGGACGAUCUGAUCUCCUUAGGGUUAUUGCCGUUGCAUCCCUGCAUGGGCAGGUUGCCCCUCCCAUCUCCAGUGGCACGUUCAGAGCACGAGGGGUAUUUGGUGGACACCUGCGCCUGGGUUCAGCGGGCCAAGCAGUCAAACCCUCCCGAGAUGAAGUCCCUCCUGGUGAUAUGGGUGGGCACUUCGGUGGAGAUGGCUCGCAGUUCGGGACGCGGCUGUCGCCUUCGACAGGAGGGCGUUCCGACAGUUUUAGCUUUUUCUGGGGCCACGGAGGCCUCUGAACAGAGAAAGGAAAUCCUUCGAUGCCGCGCAGAAGUGCUCGGAUUGUGGUGAUAUUUUCCUGUUGUCUUGGAGCAAAUCCAAAGUGAUUGCCCAGAGGCAAGAGGAAAAUCAAGACAGACAUUUCAAAACGAUGCUAUAGGGUCAAAACGACCUUUGUACAUAGAAUCAAGGAUGCAUCACAAUCUCGUCAAAAUCUCAUGGAACCGCAUCACGCCCCCGGCAUCAGAGCUGUUGUAAGCUAAUCCGUGGAUUGAUCGCC